AUGGCCGACGACGCCCUCUCUAUCUACGAUGAGAUCGAGAUCGAGGAUAUGACCUUCGAUCCGGCUCUCCAGAUCUAUACCUUCCCCUGCCCAUGUGGUGACCGCUUCGAGAUCGCGAUCGACGAUCUACGCGAUGGCGAAGAGAUCGCCGUGUGCCCGAGUUGUAGUCUUAUGAUUCGAGUUAUCUUCGAUUUGGUAUGUGAUACAUCCUUGCGGUGA